CACAAUUGUGACGGUGUGCCAGUCUAUUGCAAAGCAUUUCCGGGCAUAAUUGGACUUGUUUGAUUAGUAGCAUGUCUUCCCCUGUCUCAACAAAUAACACUAAUGAUCCACGUAGACCAAACAAAAUCACCAGGUUCAAACCAGCAGCACCUGGUGGUUCGAUGGACGACCCGACACCUGAUUAUAUGAACCUCCUCGGAAUGAUAUUCAGUAUGUGUGGGCUCAUGAUGAAGCUCAAGUGGUGUGCCUGGAUAGCAGUCUAUUGUUCAUUUAUCAGUUUCGCCAACUCACGCACAUCAGAAGACACCAAACAGAUGCUCAGUAGUUUUAUGUUGUCUAUAUCAGCCGUUGUGAUGUCCUAUCUACAAAACCCUCAGCCAAUGCAGCCUCCAUGGUAACCUAGUUCAUAAACAGAAGACCAGUUACAAUCCUCACUUUUCUUAUGGCAGUACAAUUAGCAUUAAUGUCUGGCCACUGUGGUUCUUAGUUUGAUACUGGAAUCCAAGAAACUUGAAUUACAUUAUGUGGUCAGCUAUUUUACUGGCAUGUUCAAAAUUAAGAUAACAUUUGUUAAUAUGUAUUUUCAAGAUAACUGCUAGUGGUUUGGUUAUUUGAUUCAAUACUGAGUUUGUUUUAAGCUGAACGCUACACAAUUGUAUUUACAGGAUUAGGUUUUCACUAUUCUGUUUUAAUAAUAAUGAUGAUUACAACAUAGUUUGUUUUAUUAAUCUGUUUUUAAUCUAUAUAUAUAGAAACCACUAUUCCAGGCUUUCUCAAAUUAUUGUUAAAUUUUGGUUUGGGAUGCACAACAUUGUUUAGGUGUAUGUUAACUGAACUACCAGUAAACAAAAUGUACAUAAAGAACCUGUCAUCAUUACAUUAACUCGUUUUAUUCAGAAGAAAGGGAUCAUUAUAUGCAAUUUUCUCUGCCUUCAGUUUGAUGUACCAGUCAUGAAGCUGUGCUUUUGAGACUAAAAAUACCAAACAAGUAACAAAAAUGGUAGAUAUUGUUUCUUCUUGUAAAUUAUCAUUGACAUAGAGUACAUAAUGAUGGAUGAAUAUGAUUGAAUGGCAUUGCAGGUACUGUUUUAUUUUAAUAUUUUAUGAAAGUAAACCAGUUGUGAUGUA